CUCCGCAGUGCGCGACGUGUUGCUGAAACUCACACGCUGCCCACACUGCAAAAACAAACAAACCGUGAUAAACUAUGCCUCGGCCCACACGGGAGUCCUACGGCGACCAGAAACCCCCGUUCUCUUACAUCGCCCUGACGGCGAUGGCGAUCUGGAGCUCGCCGGAGCGCAUGCUGCCGCUGUCAGAGAUCUACCGGUUCAUCACGGACCGAUUCCCGUACUACCGGCGCAACACGCAGCGCUGGCAGAACUCGCUGCGGCACAACCUCUCGUUCAACGACUGCUUCGUGAAGGUGCCGCGCCGCCCGGACCGGCCCGGGAAGGGCGCGUACUGGACGUUGCACCCCCAGGCCUUCGAUAUGUUCGAAAACGGCAGCCUGCUGCGGCGAAGGAAGCGAUUCAAGUUGCAUAAGGGGGAGAAGGAUAGUUUGAACGCAGAGUUGGCGGCGUUGGCGAGUUUCAACCGAGCGUUUCUGGCUCGGCAGGCGGGGGCGCCGCCGGCGGCGACCAUGCCGCACGCGUACGGGCCGGCGGCGCUGGGCGCCGGCGUGAGUCCGGAGCCGGUGGAGGCGGCCGACACGGCGGUGCUGCUGCCGGCGGGCGUUCGGCCGCGACGGGCCUUCACCAUCGACGCGCUGCUGGAGCCCGAGCCACGCCGCACACCUUCGCCCGCGCCGCCGCGGGUGCCGCUAGCGCUGCCACCGCCACCUUACCUGCUAGCGGCACAACGCUACCAUGCUGAAUUGCUGGCCGGUCUACAACAGUCCUGCCUACCCCCGCUGUGGACGUGGCGCGAUACCAGCCAGUUUUCACAUUAUACGCUUAAUUCGUGAAUGAAGUAGCGGCGACGUUGAACGAUCUCAAAAGUAGUUCUAGCCAUAAGAGAACACUAGAAACAAUCGUGUUAAUACAUAAAAUAAAGUAGACAAUUAUUGUAAUGAGUGCAAAGGGGAUAGCAAGCGUGUGUGAAGAGUCCAGCGGGAAACCAUUACGAAGUCCUACUGUAAAAGGAAAAUGUGCCAGAAAAAGGAACUAAGACAGGUUUUCAUAGAUUGACCCAAGAACAACGUAGGACCCUUCUCAUGCGUAACUUUUUAAUUCAAUACUGGGUGUUGUUUGUGGCUUGUAUAAUAAUAAUAAUAUAUCCGAAAACUAGUACUUGUUUUGUAUGUACUUAGUUGUUAUCGUGUCCACAGGAUGGUUCGUUUUUUGAAAUAAAUUUCAUUUAGGCAAAUUCACACUUGCUGCCAAAAACGAAAAUUAGAAAAACUGUCCCAUUUUAAAAAUAUACCGGUAGAUAACUCUCCAUACACCCCAGUCCAUUUAAGAAGGUGACAUCGCAUCUUUACAGACACUUGUAUGGCAGGGUUCUAUUCAACCACGGCAAUCAACUACAUACAAAAUCAUACAUUAAUAACUGUUACUUUUUAGUGAUAAAUAAUACCUACCUAGUCCUACGCUACUUAUAGUGGCGUAAUUAUAAUGCUUAACGAAUAUAAAUAGAGUCAUACGUACUCAUUACAUUGUAUAACAUUUGUUAGAUAAAAAAGACUGUGUGCCAAAUGUCGCAAUUCUUGUAACAUAUUUCGUCGUGACAUAAGCCAAUUAAAACAGUGAUAGUGAAUUGAAACAGUCAUUUAGUUUUUUUAAAUCAAAAUCAAAUAUACUUUAUUGCACAGAACUAAAUUUCAACAAUCAGAUAUAACACAUGAAUACAAUUUGGGCAAACAAAACAGUGAUGUUCAAAAUUAAUAAGAGCUUUAGUUGAACAAUAUAAUAGUAUGUGAUACCAAAAGAAACAUAAUGCGAAGUUAUUGUAAGUAAUAAAAACAGCCUAAUUUAUUUUAUACAUAGUACAGUAUUAUAUUGCGACCCCACUAGCAAAAUAAUGUUUCAUUAUCUGCUUUUACAAUAAAAAACUAAACACAGUGGCUUAUGUUAUGAAUAUAGGUCGGAAAUUCGGUGGCAUAUCUACCUAAACUUGGUGGAUAGUAUACAUAGAUAAUAUAUAUACCAGACUUUUUAUUCGCCAAAAUUUUUAAUUUACGAAAGAGUUAUAUAAGAUAUAUCUUACUUUUUUGAUGCUUCUGUAUUUGAUUGUUCUAAUAACACUUACAAUUUAUAAAAAGUCAGCCUGUGCGCGGUGAAAGGUAAAUAUAUCUAAAUAUGGACUACCACCAAGUUUAGGUGAAUAUGCCACCAAUUUUCCGACCUAUGGUCCAUAUACGGAAUAUGGCUAGUUAAAAAAAAUAUCUAUAAGUAUUACGAAUAUUAUUUAAAAUUUAUCUAUAGGUAGUUCCUUGUAAACAACACCCUGUAUAGCUAAACGUAUUUAUUGAAACAUAUAUUAUUAAAUUAUAUUUUAAACUGUGAUAUAAGUUAGAGAAUAUUGUUUGUAAAUUUGUACAGUCUGUGUAUAAAUGUAGAAACUAUAGAUGCAUAUGUAAUUUAUUAAUUUAGUGUUGAUGAAAGAAAAUAAAAAUCUUAUGUGUUAACUGUUA